CAGGGAAGACAUCCUUGCUCGCAAGGCGAAACGAAACAAUUCUCGGUCUUCACAACUGCAAACCGGACGAACUGAGGACUUGUGAAUGCUCGAGUGGUGCAUGCAAUUUAUGAACCAAAUUUGUGAACAAAUCUGGGAUUUUAGUGAUUUUUGGAACAAGUGUUUGUUUGGUGAAAAACACGCUGUGAGUUGCAUCAUUUUAUGGUGUUCGAUUCGCUCGUUCUAUUGCAAUUGCGGGGAAAGGAAAGAAGCGCGAGGAAUCGUGAAAGUGAAAACUUGUUGCUAAGGGAAAAAUUGUUGCGUUCGACGUGUGGAAAAGUAGAAAGAUAGCUGAGCGAUUAUCAAUUGGUACGUUUGAGCAGUUUGUGGUGUUGUGCGAGUGAAGUUGCCAAGCGUUAGAGACGAGACCUCGCACCGUGUUUUAUCGCCGCCACUUCUGAUAUCCAGAGGCCUGCGGUGCCAUCUACCUAUAUAGCAGCAGCUACAAGCUAGCUGGGUACUGUUGCUGUUCGGAGAACGAAGAGAUAGUGAAGCACAAGGCAACAGUAGCCAGUUUGGCCGCUGUCGGUCGUCAGGUUUUAUUAUAUUAAAAUAUUGUAAAGUGUGUGGAGCAGGCGAAAAACAACAACACGGUGAGCUGUUGCUUUAUGUACAUACUGAUUCCCAAUUGAGCCGUGAGUUGAGUACGGAAUUGAGCACCGGCGAACCGGAGAGUGGAUUGUGUUGGUUGGUGACAAUCUCGGGAGAAACAUUGGACACCGGCUUCCCGAGCCGUUCGACGAUAGGGCGGCUUAUUAUUCGAGAAGAGGCAAAGAAGACGCAUUAUCUGCGGUGGCGUGAGCAGUAUCGGUCACCUUUCGGAUUUGUGGCAGAUUCAGUUGUUUUGCAAUACGGUUGGCGUUUUGUUUUACAACGACAGUCACUGGGCGCGAGUGGUGGAUAGGAGCGAUACGUUAGUGCAAGCACGACUUGACGAAAACAACAAUUGCAUCCACCUUCAGCGUGUUUGUCGUUCGCGUCCGAUCAGAAGAGCUGUGGUUGCUGUUGAGACGUGGUGGGAGAUCAUCUGCGGGUUUUUGCCGUUCGAGUGAUUUAAGUGCCGUAAAGAGGGAUAAGGAGCAGCCAUUUGUGAAACACAAAAACAACAAUUUUCCGCUCUUUGGCCACCGUAGGUUUUUCUUUGAGUGGUGAGUGAGGUGUAUUGAACCCUGAUCAUUCCCUCAUACGGUUUGAUAAGAGCCUGUGUGAUCGAGCGUAGGACCCUCUGAUGAUCGUGGAUCGCAAGCUAGUGGAUAAAAAGCGGAACUUGCUUUGAUCGGAACAGAGAUUGCCGUAGAUUUUAGGUUUGGAUCUGAACGUGUUGGAGGAACCCGGGGCAGGCGUCUCCAUGUAUUCAAUGGUGGAUUGCUACAACGAAAUGGGUCAACUGGGACCAGAGUACGGGUCAAAAGCCGCUCUGAUGGAGAACACCGAACUGGACCACGUCACAAAGGUGAUAGCCUAUCACCCGUGCUACUUGGAGCACUAUCUCAACACGCAAAACUUUGUGAUGCACUGCGAUGGACCCCUGCCGUUCCAUUUCCGAUACUACAUUGCCAUUAUGGCUGCUGCCAGACACAAGUGUACCUAUCUGGUUAAUCUGUACGAGAAGGAAUUCCUCCUGCAGGGUGGAGAUCGAAACUGGUUGAAUGGACUUGAUUGCAUCCCCGCCAAAUUACGUGCCAUAAGUGACAUCAAUAAGAUUCUAGCCCACAGGCCAUGGCUUUUGAACAAGGAGCACAUAGAGCGUUUGACCAAAGGUCAAAACAGUUGGUCGCUUUCCGAGGUGAUGCAUGCGAUCGUCCUGCUGGCCCACUUUCAUUCCCUGUCGUCUUUCGUAUUCUCCUGCGGUCUAACUCAGGAAUUAAACGCAUCUAGUCAACGGAUCGAAAACAACAAUGUUGUACCCCAAAAGACUGAAACCAAUCAUAAACAUCAUAAUCAUAAUCUCCACAUUCAUCAGAACGGACAGGAAGCAAUCAAACCGCCACAAUCCGAGGUCACCGUGGACGCGUUGAUGCAGCGUAUGAAGAAACUGUCGGAAAACAACACGGAGUGCACCGAGACGGAGCUGAGCAAUCGGUUCAAGAACGUCGAACUUCAAGCCGCCGAACUGCCGGCGGUGGUUCCACGGGACCCAACGACGGAACCGCCCCAACAGAUUGGACGCUACGUGGAUGACUCGAACUUCACAUAUCAGGACUUUGCCCGGCGCGGUGCGGAGAAUAUUCCGCAGACCUUCCGGAUACAGGACUACUCGUGGGAUGACCACGGGUUUUCGCUUCUCAAUAGUCUUUACAACGACGUUGGUGUCUACCUGGACGACAAAUUUCGACUUGCAUACAACCUCACAUACUACACCAUCGCCGGGCGGACCAACGUGGACACGUCCAAGUUUCGCCGCGCCAUCUGGAACUACAUCCAGUGCAUGUAUGGCAUCCGGUACGACGACUACGACUAUGGCGAAGUGAAUCAGCUGCUGGAUCGUGCGCUAAAAAUGUUCAUCAAAACGGCUUGCUGCUUCCCGGAGCGGAUCACCAAAACCGACUACGACAGCGUGCUGGUUGAGCUGCAACACAGUGAGAAGGUUCACGUGAAUCUGAUGAUCAUGGAGGCACGCAACCAGGCGGAGCUGCUUUACGCACUACGUGAAAUUACGCGCUACAUGACAUGAUGCGGAGAACAGGAACGUGGUCAGGGCUGAACGCCCGACCGAGGCGAGAUUGUUGUUUGUAAUAUGCAGUUUUUGUAAGUCAUUUAAUUUGAUAUAUGAUUAUUUUAUAAAUUGUUGUUACGUAACAGUAAAUUAAGAAACAGAAUUUAUACAACACAAAAAUCGUAAACAAAGCUAAGCGUCGUUCAGAGGUCCCAACAAAUGGUAGAAGAUAUUGUGCCACGCUUAGGUGGGAUUAAUAAGAGUGAGUGAGCUGAAAGGAGAGCAAGUAAUAAGAGAGAAGGAAUAUUCAUCUGGUGAUAUAAUUGUAGAGAUAAAAAAAGUAAAGAAGGAAGUAACGUGUCUAACAAGGCUCCGUCGACGAUUUUGAAUGGACAAAGCUUCAGGGCAUUGAAGUAAUUUUAAAACGUCCCUAUUUAGGAUGAGCUAUAACAUUAGUUGUUUGUUUUAAUUUGUAGCUAGGAACAACAAAUGAUACAAUACAUAAAUUGAUACAACAGCGAGAAACAA